UCUCCAUUUUCUGCCAAAAAAAUCCGGUUUUUCAAGGAGUGGGAACAUCUUCGGCUAUCAAUUUCAAUAUAAAAAGGACGAUUUUUCAAUGAUGAAACCACAUUCAGUUCAUCUAUUGAUAGACAAUCCAACCAAAAACUAUCAACAUGCAAAUCAUCAUCGUAGUUUGCGCUCUCGUAGCUGUAGCUAUCGCUGCCCCACCAGCUUCUUCAGACGCCCAAGCUACCGUCUUGAAAAACGAGUUGGACAACAUUGGAGUCGAAGGCUACAACUACGGAUACGAAACCAGCAACGGAAUCGCAGCUCAAGCAGAAGGUCACCUAGUCAACGCCGGCGCUGAAAACGAAGCUGUAGCUGUUCGUGGUUCUUUCCAAUACACCGCACCAGAUGGCGUUCUCUACACUGUCACUUAUGUAGCUGACGAAAAUGGUUUCCAACCUCAAGGCGCUCAUUUGCCCGUCGCUCCUACUCCUCAAUAAUUCUGAUGAUUGUUCUGUUUUUAGUUUAGUUUAAUAAAAUCUGUAAAUCGAAA